AUGAGAUCCAGACUUGCUGCUGAUGACCAAUUAUCGUACCGGAUCCCGUUCUGCUCGGCGAAACAGGCCUGCAUUGCACAGGGCUCGCUCCAGCCCGAUCCGACGCUCAAGCCCAGCGAGCUGCAGGCUGUCUACACCGUCGACGACAACGUCCUCACCAUCACGUUUGACGGAGUUUCCGAGAGAGUGAUCAGAGUCGCGGCAAACAACACCAUCGAGAACCUCAAGACAGUGAUUGAGUGCUUGGAGGAGUUUGAAUAA